AUGUCGACGAAAAAGAAACUGUCGAGUCCAAUCUUCUAUACGGUCGCAUGGAUUUCUGCUUUGCCUAUAGAGCGCGCCGCGGCUACUGCGAUGCUAGAUGAACACCACGACGAACCCGAUGCCUUCGAACGAAAUGGCAACGAUUCCAACGCCUACGAUUGGGGCGCCAUCGGCCAGCAUAACAUCGUCAUCGCCUCUCUUCAAGCCGGAAUCUACGGAACGGCCUCGGCCGCGACCACUGCAUCUCAGCUGCUGUCCUCGCUGCCUCACAUUAGGAUCGGUCUGAUGGUGGGCAUCGGAGGAGGUAUCCCCCAGUCAGACCGAGAUAUCCGACUCGGGGAUAUCGUUAUCGGCCAGCCUGAUGGAUCAACUGGUGGAGUGGUGCAGUAUGACCUGGGGAGGGCAAAAGCGAACCAAACGUGGGAGCAGAAGGGCGCUCUGAAUAUGCCUCCCCCAGUUCUGCUCAAUGCGCUUUCAAAGUUGCAGGCAAACCACGAGAUGGACGAGCCGAUGAUCAUGGGUUUACUCGACGGCAUGAUCAAGAAAAAGCCUCGAAUGAAGCAGCAGUACAAGCACCAGGGAAUAAAGAAUGAUCGACUCUUCUCGCCUGAUUACGAUCACGUUGGGGGCAACACUUGCGAUGGGUGUGAUUCGAGUGGCGAGGUGAAGCGCCCAGAAAGAGAUUCAAUCGAUCCUGAGAUUCACUAUGGCAUCAUCGCGUCUGGGAACACACUGGUCAAGGAUGCUGCCACCCGAGACUCUCUCGUACAACGUGUUGGAGAAGAGUGCCUCUGUUUCGAGAUGGAGGCCGCAGGUUUAGCGAACACCUUUCCUUGCCUUGUCAUCCGAGGCAUCUCCGACUAUGCCGACUCGCACAAGAACUUCCAAUGGCAGCGUUAUGCUUCUGCCACAGCAGCGGCAUUUGCGGUAGAGCUUCUUGGAUAUGUACCUGUCAGACAACUUGAAGAGACACCACGGGCUCUCGAGGUGAUGAAUACAAUUGACCAAAAAAUCACCAACUUGAACGAGUCAUUUCAGGCUUUCGUUUCCAAGACUGUCCUUAGUCGUCUUCCGGCUGCACGAGGGGCCGCCUAUGAUUCCUCCGAUGACUGGCUUGAAGCGACCUGCAUGAAGAAUACUCGAGUCAGCAUCCUCAACGAGAUCCAUGAGUGGGCCAACGACCCUACCUCAACCACACUCUUCUGGCUGAAUGGUAUGGCUGGGACAGGGAAAUCCACCAUAUCCCGCACUGUGGCCCAGCGUUUAGCCGCCGCAGGCAAUCUUGGUGGGAGCUUCUUCUUCAAGAAGGGUGAGGCCGAUCGAUCCAAUCCGUCUAAGCUCUUCACUACCUUGGCUGCUGGCCUAUUGAGGUGGCAGCCGGCAGUCUCUCGCUAUAUUGAAAGGGCCAUUGAUGAGAACCCACAGAUCUUCGAUCAGAUCUACGAAGAUCAGUUUGAGAAGCUCAUUUUUGAACCUCUUUCAGAAGCCACACCGCCUCCAGAACGCCCAAUUGUGAUGGUGGUGGACGCUCUGGAUGAGUGCCAAAACGUUGUCAUCACCAGAAUCAUCACUGACAUCUUGCCUCGCGCCGCUAGCUUACAGCACAUUCGUCUCAAAUUCUUCCUCACAAGUAGGCCAGAGAUGGCCGUCCAGGCGGGGUUCUCGAAGGUUCAGCCUAAGAGCACUUAUCGGGAUUUCUUACUGCACAACGUAUCUCAUGACGUGAUCAAGAAGGACCUUGAGAUAUUUCUCACAGCCACCAUUGCCCACAUCCGAGACCGUUUCAAUUCCCUACGCCACGGUUCAAGCAUGAUCCCGCCAAACUGGCCUAGUCAGGAUGUAAUCGAUAGGCUCGUUGAUAUGGCGAUCCCUCUGUUCAUUGUUGCCGCCACUGUUUGCCGUUUUGUGGAUGACCAACGACUCGGAAAUCCCAAGAGGCAAAUAAAACAAGUUCUCGCUCUCCGAGAUCGAGAACAUGAGUCGAUGCUGGAUCAGAUGUAUCUGACCGUUCUCAAUCAACAAUUUGGCGACGAUUACAGUCUUCGGAAGAAGCAUCAAAUCAUCGAAGAGUUUCGCCGUAUCGUUGGGUCUGUCAUUCUGUUGUCGAGUCCUUUAACGAUCCCGGCGUUGGCACGGCUACUACGGAAAGAUGGCGACGACGACGACUUGCAAUCAACAAUAGAAGACAGGCUAGAAAUUCUUCACUCAGUUCUGAGCGUCCCACAGCCGGAAGAACGCCCGUGCGUCCCUGUGAGAGUACUCCAUUCAUCUUUUCGAGACUUUUUAGUGGACCCUCAACAUCGAGCCAGCAAUUCCUUCUGGGUGGACGAGGCCAAGACACACAUGGCCCUUUGGGAGAGUUGCCUGGGGGUGAUGAAAGCUGCCUUACGGCAGGACAUGUGCGGCUUGGGACUGCCGGCGACCUCUCAGGCUAGCAUUGAGCGAGAGGCGGUGGAUGACUGCCUGCCACCAGAACUUCAGUAUGCCUGCCUUUACUGGAUUGACCAUAUUGAACAAGCAGGAGUUGAUUCGGCCACUGGCCUCUCAAUCCUCACGUUUUUCAAGGAGAAUCUCUUUCACUGGCUCGAGGCUUUGAGCCUCAUGGGAAGAAGCUACGAAAGCGUGGACAUGAUCGAGAGAUUGAAGGACAUCAGUACGAAUGCAUCAUGUUCCCAGCUGUCCGACUUUUUGGAUGAUACGACCCGGUUCAUUGGCCACAACAGCCACACAAUUGCCACCACUCCGUUGCAGAUUUACUCGUCGGCGGUCGUUUUUGCCCCAAUGAAGAGUAUCGUGCGCGAGACCUUCAAGGCGCAUGUUCCUGAUUGGAUCCUUAUUCAGCCUAGUGGAGAGGAUCGAUGGAACCCCUUUCUUCAGGGACUAGAGACCUGGGGGGAGACGUUUGUCUUUUCGCCGAAUUCUAAGUUCAUUGCGUUACAGGCCGGCAAUAUGGUGCAGAUUUGGCGGGUUAACACCGGCAAGUGUCUGCAGGUUCUAGAAUGCUCCGGAAGUUCCCUGGCUUCCCCCCUCGCUUUCUCGGCCGAUUCAAACAUGCUAGUCACCCCGUUUGAGAACUGGAUACAGGUCUGGCGGGUUGACACGGGUCAAUGCAUUCAGCAAUUCGAGCACCUUGAGAGUGAGGUCUGUUCAGUGGUCCUCUCUCCUCGAGACAUCAUUGCUUCCGGGUCGAAGAGCGGGGAAAUCCGAGUUUGGGAAGCAAAAACUGGUCAACUUCUUUCUGAGCUCAAAGGACACGGACACGAGAAAGAGGUUAGAGCAUUGGCCUUCUCGCCUGAUCUAAGACUACUGGCUUCUGGAUCAGAUGAUGGAACAACGCGGAUCUGGCAGACGGACACUUGGACCCAUGUCAGGACCUUGAUGGCACCGGAAACCGACUCGCCUGAAGAUGACUCGCCUGAAGACGGCGCACCUGAAGAUGAUUCGUCAGAUGAUGACUUGUUUGAUCGAUUCCCCUGGAUGAGAACUCCCUCGCGGAAAGAAAAUUGGAUUAUGAAAAGGCAAAUCUCUUCCAUUGCGUUCUCGACUGAUUCAAGAUUGAUCGCUUCCGCAAAACCCGACACGAUUGUCGUAUGGGCAUCUGACUCGGGUCAGCUGCUUCAGGUAAUAACCACUUCCGCGGACAAGGACUUGAAGUUUCUCACCGAAUCUACAUUGGUCUCGGGUAAAUCAGGUAGGAGUGUAGGAUUAUUAGCUUGGGACGCUGUUACCGGCGAAUUUUUGCGUGGGGCAUGGGGCGACAUCGACUCCUGUGUCUUGGCGCCGUCAGGUUCAAUGAUAGCGGCAUCCGAUUGCGGAAGUGGAAUGGCGCAUAUUUUGGAGUUCAGCGAUUCCUACGGAGACUGCUUGCAACGUGUCGGUAGACACAUUGACGAUGUUCGACGAGUUGCGAUAUCAGCUGAUGCAAAAUUCAUGGCGACUACCGCGAAUGAGGGGCUUAUUAGGCUUUGGGAAGUACAUCUCGACAAGGACGCUCGCCACCUGGAUAAAUACCAGUUGUGGGCUGGGCCUCGAGCCAUCUCCCCGGAUCUGAGCCUGGCCGCAUCGGCAUCCCGCAGCAUCUUGAUGAUAUGGCAAACAGCAACUGGAAGGUGUCUGCACGAACUUCAGGUUCAACAGGAUAGUAUCAGUCGUCUGUCGUUUUCGCCGGACUCGAAACUUUUACUCUCAGUGGAUGGCGAUGUAUUGAUCUGGAACCCGGAAUCGGGCAGGCAGAUCGCAAGAAUGCCAGGAGGCUAUUCGGCAGCCACAUUUUCACCAACCUCGGAGCUGAUUGCAGUUGGCGGCGGAGGGGUCAUCAAGAUCUGGCGGGUUGCCACUGGUGAACGGAUUCAGACAAUCCCGUUGCCGUUCCAAGAGGACCGCAUUAUAUCCCUGGCCUUUUCGGCUGACUCGACCCAGAUCGUAUCAGGAACUGUAUUUCAAGACAAAGUCAUGUUAUGGGACAUCCCCAGUCGCACGCUUUUACUUUCCAUAAGCUGCCGGGAUUUCGGUCAGCCAAGCGCAGUAGCUAUUGCGACCGACUUGAGCCUCAUGGCGGCGGCAACGACUGAAGGGUUAUUCAUCUGGAGUGCCACUACUGGUGACCGCCUGGAGACGGUGGCCAGAUUUGAGCAUAACAAGAUGUUCUCUCAGCUAUCUUUCAACGCUGAUAAAACUCGACUCCACACGGAUAUGGGUGUCUUUGCUAUGCAAGCCCCCGACUCUCCCACGCAUGGCGUGAAAGAGAUUGCUCCAGGGGAUGAAGCCCAGCUGGGAAUGGGAAUAAGCGAGAAUGAAGAAUGGAUCACAUGGUGCGGGCAUCGUUUGCUUCUACUCCCCCGUGGGUUUCACGAUUGGGCGCGGUUUGCAGUACGAGACUCCUUGGUUAUGUCUGUUAACAACGUCGGGCGGGCCUUGUUUGUUAAGUUUGAUCCCGACAAGCUGGCCAACAUUUACCAGGGUUGUGCACAGUAG